AUGCCCCUGGAACUCCAACGCUUGCCGAGCACACGAGAGCUGAUAUGCAUCGCUCAUCCUACCUACCUCGACGACACCCUAAGUAUGCUGAGCGACGUAUGUAGCGACGGGAAAUCCAGUUGCCACCUCACUCCUCAAAACGAAGCCCUCGCCUCCAGAGGUCCUACCGAUGCUGGUAGUCUACAAGAUACGCAGUGUCAGUUCUUUGAGUUCCUUCCACGCGAGAUCAGAGAUGAGAUCUAUCGCUACGCACUCGGAAAUCUCAGCGCUGCUUUUAUGCACGGUAAGACUCAGGUAAGAGCAACGCAUCAUAUUCAUAAGGGACCUAUUGUAGAUACUUAUAAAGCACAAAUUCCGUGGAUGCGCGCGAGCAAGCAGAUGUACCAAGAGGCCACCGAGCAGUUUUAUCAUCUGGCUCGCUUCAACAUGGACCUGGACAUGCGCUACAAGUUUCCUCACGUCAAAGGCGUCACGCGACGGGUCAAGAUACGCCACGCCCCCACACUUACCCGCGCGAGAUUCCUUUCAGUAGUGAAUCUAACGGUAGUAAAUCUUCGCCAAACGGAAGGCUUGACCGAGACUCUGCAUUUCGACGCAGAAACCGAGCAGUACAAAGCACUGAUUGAUCUCUUCCCACGCAUGGUUGCAUUGCGGCAACUUAAGAUCCAAAUGAAACUCAAAGUCCCGCCAUGCGACGAGUUCUGCGAUAGCGAGUACCAACCCUCACUCUUGUUCAUCCGAAGUCUACCUCGUGCGUCUCUGGCAAGAUUAUGCGUCGAAAUCGAGUAUGCUUAUGAGACAUACCAUUACAGCCCCACCGCUUGGACGCUUGCCGCGAAUAACGUCGUCAGUAGGCUCUCUGAUCCUCUCAAGAGAGAGGUCGAAAAGUGCGCACUGCAUGCAGUCAGGGGUGACGAUCAUCAGUGGAAAGAGUGGAAAGAGGAGCUUGCACCUAAUGUGAGGCGGUUUAUCCAUCUCUCGCUAGGUUUUGAUAUCACUAUGGCAAACUACAGAUGA